AUGGAUGAUGAGAUCGCUGCCUUGCAGGAUCUGACGCAGUGUGCAGGUGACGAUGCCCCGCGCGCCGUCUUCCCCUCCAUCGUCGGUCGUCCACGUCACCAGGGUGUCAUGGUUGGCAUGGGCCAGAAAGAUUCCUAUGUCGGUGACGAGGCGCAGUCCAAGCGUGGUAUCCUUACCCUCAAGUACCCCAUCGAGCACGGAAUCGUGACCAACUGGGACGACAUGGAGAAGAUCUGGCAUCACACCUUCUACAACGAGCUGCGUGUCGCCCCUGAGGAGCACCCCGUCCUCCUCACUGAGGCCCCCCUCAACCCCAAGGCGAACAGGGAGAAGAUGACACAGAUCAUGUUCGAGACGUUCAACGCGCCCGCGUUCUACGUUUCCAUCCAGGCCGUGCUUUCUCUGUACGCGUCUGGACGAACGACCGGUAUCGUGCUUGACUCCGGAGAUGGUGUCACCCACACCGUUCCCAUCUACGAGGGUUUCUCGCUCCCCCACGCCAUCCUCCGUCUCGAUCUGGCCGGACGAGAUAUCACAGAUUAUCUGAUCAAGAACUUGACCGAGCGUGGGUACCCAUUCACAACGACCGCCGAGAGGGAAAUCGUCCGUGACAUCAAGGAGAAGCUUUGCUACGUUGCUCUCGACUUUGACCAAGAGCUGCUUACUGCUGCCCAGUCCUCGGCGCUCGAGAAGAGCUACGAGCUGCCUGAUGGACAGGUUAUCACUGUUGGCAAUGAGAGGUUCCGUGCCCCUGAAGCCCUUUUCCAACCCGCCUUCGUUGGCCUCGAAGCCGUCGGUAUCCACGAGACUACCUACAACUCCAUCUUCAAGUGCGAUCUGGACAUCCGUCGUGACCUGUACGGCAACAUCGUUCUUUCUGGUGGAACGACCAUGUUCCCUGGAAUCAGCGACCGCAUGCAAAAGGAGCUCACUGCUCUCUCCCCAUCGAGCAUGAAGGUCAAGAUUGUCGCUCCUCCCGAGAGGAAGUACUCUGUGUGGAUUGGUGGAUCUAUUUUGGCGUCCCUGAGCACGUUCCAGAAUAUGUGGGUGUCGAAGCAGGAGUACGACGAGAGUGGGCCUGGCAUUGUUCAUCGCAAAUGCUUCUAA